UUCUCUCCUCUAUCCUCUGUCUCAACCUGUCUCCCUCCUCUUUCCUCUCCCACUACAACCCCUCCUCUGCUGCCUACGCUCAUUUAAAUGUCUGUCUAAAUACCUGACUCUCUCCUCCCCCUGGCUCACAUCUCUCUCCCCUCUCCAGACUCAGGUAGUUUAGUCUAUCUGCCCCCUCUCUCUCCCUCCAUUCCCUCCCUAAGCUCUAACAAACUUCUGGAAGAGGUCAAAGGAAACACCAACCUCUCCCUGAUUCCCCCCUGACUGUAAGUAUGUGUUUGUUGGGUUGAAGACCGGACAGAAGAACUUUAUGACAGCUGUCAGAGAAGCAGUCAGAAGUGGUGAAAGAAGAGACUUCAGAGGGACUCAGCUGCUCCACCGUGACCCGUUGGCAUUGAUCAUUUACAGGCUAGUUAUUGAUUAGAGCAGGAGGCUUCUGCCGGAGGCACCACCAGACAGAGCUUCAGUCCUGUGUUGUCUCUCAGAACGGCUCUUCAGACAGGGAAGAACAAGAAGAAGGAGAAGCCCCUCUUCGCUGUCUCCAUCUGGUCCUCAGUUUGACCAUAGACUCUCUGAAGGCUCAUCAGUGGCCACAAGCCAAAGGAUCUGUGGGACUAUAAGAAACAAGUGAAUAUGUACACCGUAGGUUUGUCUGUUAGUUUAUGAAUAAUCUGAUAUUUUUUUGAUCCGUUGGGCGUCACUGGGACAUACAAAUCAACAACAGCCAGUACUGGAACGAUCUUAGCAAAUUACAUGUCACAGUGCUGAGGGGUGAAGUUACUUUUGGACUAAUUAGGAUUUAGUGAGUCGGUCCUGAGGGACCUUUGGGAACAUGGACAGACGGCGGGCUUGUGAAGUGAUGGGACCUCAGGGGCUGAUGCUCUCGCUGACCCUUCUGUUGUUUCUGGGAGAUGCUGCACUGGGUGCUGCGCCAUGGAGACCAUGCACAGAGCAUGGCGCUCCGGCCCGCCUAGGUAGACUAGUUAAAGGCGCGGCAGGAUCAGUAGUGAUGGAGGAGGAAGAGGUGACGAGGGAAGGAAGUCAUGUAGAGAUAAAGGACUCUCCUGCCUCAGCAGACCUGCUGCCCCUGGACUUCCUGUCCCGCGUGCUCCCGCAGGGGGGCCGGCCCGUCAAGGGGGUGCGCCUGGUGCAGGACGGAGGGGCGCGAGGGGUGCAGUUCUCCUCCGGCCCACAGCGGGCCCUCAGCUUCCCCUCCUCGCAGAUCUUCGUCAACUGUCAGCACUUCCCCGCCGAGUUCUCUGUCGUCGUGACGAUGAAGGUGGAUCGCAUCGCACCAAAGACGAGUGAGUACAUCUUUGCCAUGGUGAGGGAGGAUGGCAACCUCCUGCUGGGGCUGAAGUUCUCCAAGGAGCGCCUCCACCUCCUCUACCAGGGGUCAGAGGGCAGGGAGCGCCUGACCUUCCGGCGCGUGCAGCUGGCCAAUGGGCACUGGCACACACUGGUGCUGGCUCUGAGCGGGCACCAUGCCACCCUGACGGUGGACUGUGGCCUGCCUCUGGAGCUGGUUCAGAAGAAGUCAUUCCCUGCUGACCUCAACACAGGGGGCUCCAGAAUCUAUGUAGGCAACCGGAAGCGCUGGAAAGGAGUAUUUUCUGGUUUACUGCGUCAGCUGGUUCUCAUACCCGGCUCUGAUGCCACCCCACGGAUCUGCCCCUCCUCAAACCCCAGGUUGGCAGAGCUGGCCGUCCCUGCAGUCCUGGGCCAGUUACCCGUGGUGCCACCAGGGAAUGAUGUUCUUUUGCCUCCAUACGAGUCGGAGGUGCGGGUCACCCUGGGGUCACAUCUGUCUUGUACGGGGACGGAGAAGGGGCAGCUCUGGUUUGACACCCUGAAGAGAGGCCUCUUCCUAUGUGAUGGAGCCUCAUGGCUGCCCAUGCUGCAAGAGCGGGAACGUCUAGACUAUGUGGACGAUCACCAGGACAUCUUCACCAGCUCCGAGACGUACGACAUCGAGGUUUUUCAGGUACCCUCCAUGGGUCUGUUUGCUGCCAUGGCUCACCACUCCAGCAGGCCCGGCUCAGGCAUCUACAGGUGGACCGACGGGCGCUUCCAACUCUACCAGAACAUCAGCACCUGUGAGGCCGUGGCCUGGAAGCACUUCAUCGUAGGGAGAAAGGUGUUCUUGGCCGUGUCAAACUCAAAAGGACUAGUGGAAGGAGCGCCGGAGGUCUCCGUCAUCUACAAGUGGAGCUUUAAGAAACUCAAAUUUGUGCGUUACCAGACCCUGGAGACCUACAGUGCCCGAGACUGGGAGGCUUUCCAGAUCAACAAUGAGUCAUUCCUGGCAGUGGCAAAUCACAGGAAAGCAGAUGGAAACCACAACAUCAACAGUGUCAUCUACAAGUGGAAUCCAGGUACCAAGGCCUUUGAGGUGAACCAGACCCUCCUGACCUCAGGGGCCUAUGACUGGGAGUUCUUCACCAUUGGUCCAUACCACUUCCUGGCAGUGGCGAAUGCUUUCGAUGGCCUAUCCACUUACAUCGACUCCACCAUAUACAUCUGGCUUAGAGGAACCUUUCAGCCUUUUCAGACUAUACGGACACUUGGGGCGACAGACUGGGAGAUGUUCCGCAUUGGAGACAGGUACUUCCUGGCCGUGGCCAAUGGACACAUGUUAUACGACAGACGCCCAAGUCUGUAUGCCAUUAACUCCACCAUAUAUGAGCUGGAUAUGGUCACACAGAUGUUCAUCACAUUUCAGAACAUUGGUACCUACAGUGCUGUAGAUUGGGAGUUCUUCACUAUAGGUGAUGAGAAGUUUCUGGUUGUGGCUAACUCAUAUGACGGCACAACCUAUUCAUUAAACAGUGUUAUAUACAGGUGGCAGGGCUACGAGGGCUUCAUCCCGGUCCACCGGCUCCCCACCAUUGGAUGCAGCGACUGGGAGUUCUUCUCCUCAUCAGAGGGCUCCUACCUCAUCUACUCCAGCGCCAGACAGCCACUCUCCAAAGUCUUCAAGCUCAAGACGAACUGAAUACACUAAGGGACUGGAGGAAAUGGUGUCACAAUGCAGUGCCACUGUGGCUCUCACCCAGUCAGCCAUGACACUUGCAGGGAGACACACUGUCAUGGCUACCAGUUCCAGGAGGUGGAAGAGCUGAUGAUGUCAUUCUUAAACUCCUGCAGCCUGAUCUGGAAUAAAUGCAUGUGGUUAAUCUACCUGCAUAGAAAGGAUUUAUGGCAUGCCCACAGGAAGAUAUAGAGCCCACUCAUGGGUUGCUGUAGGGACUGCCUCUUUGCCUGACCGGCUGUCCCAGAAACCGUGGAGACCGUGCAUCUCUGUGGUUUGCCAUCUUAUCUUGCUCCUAAUUUCUUAUGAUGCCUGUAGCUUUCAAAUGAUGUUCGAUUUACGUGAGCCGCCACGCCAAUAGACGGAAGAAACCGCAAACCUUUCAAGUGGGGCUCCAGAAGCACUCAUAAGCACAAAUAUCUCUUGUCUUGAACAAGACAAACAGGGACUAAAUACACAAGCAUAAAGCUUGUGAAGUACGCUGAUAUGUUUGUAGCUCUGACUGAAGAUUAAUUCAUGCCUUUUUAAUGCAGCAGGAACUCAGGGGAUUAGCCAACUAAAAUAUACUGAAUCAACAACGAAAAGAUUUGGUCUUUCUCAUCCAUGAAGUUUAAAAAUCAAAAAUCAAAAUCAAGAUAAUUUCUUUCUUUCUGUGAGCCACACUGGAACCACUAUGUUUAUGAUCUUAGCCUAAGAUGCUGGAUACACUAAUCUUUCCUAAGAUGUUCAUGUAAGCUCUUCAUACUGUGCCUGUAAUUUAUUUAAUGGUAAAUAUGUGAGUGUAAAUAGAAGCUAAUUUUGUGUAAACUAAAUAAUUUUCUGCACUGAAAUAAAGUCCCAAAUCUAUCAAACUAUG